CUCCACAAUCCCGCUGGCUACCUUGAUGGCGCGGUCCGAUGGAUAUAACACCCAUUGCGCCCUCGUAAACCCCUGGACAUCCCUCUUCUCCUUCUAUCCCUGCUGAAGCUUUAUGAGUUAUUCUGAACCCUCGGUUUGUAUAGCGCACACACGCUUAUUCUCUCUGCCUUUAUCUCUGAUCCUCAGGCCGAUCUUUCCAGACCUCUGAAUUGAUUUGCCCUGCUGACUCUCACCCGUCCUACGCCAUGGCACCAAGCGCCGUGUCGCCCGUUUCACCUCCAUCUCCAACAUUGGACAGCACCGCCAAACUGACCAAAGCGGGCACCCUUACUACCCUGUCCCAGACCAUCUCGAGCGACAGCCCCGGAGUCGCGGAUCUCGAUGCUUCUAAACUGUCCAUCACCCGGACUCAGAACCCUAAGGUAGUGCCGGCCCCGGACUCCCCAGAAGUGUGGUCACAAAAUACUACCACCGACCACAUGUUGACUUGUCGCUGGACCGAACAAUCUGGCUGGGAUGCCCCCGAAAUUCUUCCAUACGGUCCCUUCUCCAUCAUGCCAACUGCGUCCGUAUUGCACUACGCUACCGAGUGUUUUGAAGGCAUGAAGGCAUAUCGUGGCCAGGAUGGCAAGGUCCGCCUGUUCCGCCCUGAGCGUAAUUCUGUUCGCUUCCUCAGCUCCGCUACCCGCAUUGCCUUGCCUGGCUUCCCUCCCCAGGAGUUUGUCAAGUUACUUAAGAAACUUGUGGGCGUCGAGGCUAAGAAAUGGCUCAGCGAGCCUGGUUCUUUUAUCUACAUUCGCCCUACCAUGAUCGCCACUGCGCCUGCUUUAGGUAUCCAGAAACCCAAAGAAGCUCUCUUAUACAUCAUCAUGGUCCUGUUUCCUAAUCUCGGUGGGCCCAGUCCGACCGCUGGACCGACGCCCACGCCAUCAUCCCUCGACAAAUCCUCCUUGGGGAUGCGUCUUCUUGCCUCCCGCCAUGAUAUGAUCCGUGCCUGGCCUGGCGGCUUUGGGAAUGCAAAAGUGGGCGCCAACUAUGGACCAACAUUGUUAGCACAAGGCGAAGCUCGCGCUCGGGGCUAUCACCAAAUCUUGUGGCUCUUUGGCGACCAAUCCUACGUGACUGAAGCCGGGGGUAGCAAUUUCUUUGUCUUAUGGACUAACGCAACUACGGGCCAGAAGGAGCUGGUCACCGCUCCGCUCGACGACGGCACCAUCCUCGCGGGAGUCACGCGGGCCUCGGUCCUGGACUUGGUCUCGGCCACACGGCCCGACAUUCAAAUUGUCCAGAGGCCAUUUACCAUGCAGGAGAUGAUUGAUGCUAAAUCCGAGGGCAGAUUGAUCGAGGCAUUUGGUGCAGGCACCGCUUUCUUCAUCGCCCCCGUGGCCGAUAUCCAUUUCCGAGGCAUCGACUUGACCUUGCCUCUGGGCGACGGCGUCCUGGGAGGGGAUGAAUUCGCCAUGUCCAUUAAGAACCAGUUGAUGGACAUCAUGUAUGGUAAGGUGAAGCAUGAUUGGGCUGUAGUGGUUGACGAGAUCGACUGCUGAUUCAAUCACUGCGGACUGCUCGCAUGGCCAUGGCUAAGCUUGUCAAUAUAUCUCAACCAUCCACCCAAAUCUCACCUUAUAUCCGGUCGUGGUGUGAAUUUAUCUGGUAUAUAAUCAAAACUUUCAUAGAUCAAUGAUAGAGCAUCAAGGCUGGCCCGGCCUUCAAUUCUCAGCCAGAA